GGAUCUAAAGCUACCGACGAUCUUCUUCCGGGUCGAAACAUUAGCACACCGGUGAGCAAAGUGAGCUAACGGGCCCCAGUUCCUCGUCUAAAAGAACCCACAAGACACCGCUGUCGGAUUCCUCAACACGCCCAACACGAAAUAUUUGUACUAUAAGGUCCCGUAAGCCCAUGACACAGCAAUGCCGGGGCUCAGCUGUCGAUUUUACCAGCACCGGUUCCCAGAGGUGGAGGAUGUCGUCAUGGUGAACGUGAGGUCCAUCGCCGAAAUGGGCGCCUACGUUAGCCUUUUGGAAUACAACAACAUCGAGGGCAUGAUUCUCCUGAGCGAGCUGUCGCGCCGACGUAUCCGCUCCAUCAACAAGCUCAUCCGCAUAGGUCGCAACGAGUGUGUGGUCGUCAUCCGAGUAGACAAAGAGAAGGGUUACAUUGAUUUAUCAAAAAGAAGAGUUUCACCAGAGGAGGCCAUCAAAUGUGAAGAUAAAUUCACCAAAUCUAAAACUGUGUACAGCAUCCUGCGACAUGUAGCAGAAGUGCUGGAAUACACUAAGGACGAGCAGCUCGAGAGCUUGUACCAGCGCACCGCCUGGGUAUUCGAUGAGAAAUACAAGCGACCAGGAUACGGCGCUUAUGAUGUUUUCAAACAGGCUGUAUCAGAUCCCAGUAUUCUGGAUUGCCUGGAGUUAAACGAGGAGGAGAGGAACGUGCUGAUCGACAACAUCAACAGGCGACUCACUCCGCAGGCUGUCAAAAUCAGAGCAGACAUUGAAGUGGCGUGUUAUGGUUAUGAAGGCAUUGAUGCAGUGAAGGAAGCUCUGCGGGCCGGACUUGGCUGCUCCACAGAGGUUAUGCCCAUCAAGAUCAACUUAAUCGCUCCUCCUCGUUAUGUGAUGACAACCACCACCCUGGAGCGCACAGAGGGUCUGUCUGUCCUCAACCAGGCCAUGGCUGCUAUCAAAGAGAAGAUAGAGGAAAAGAGAGGCGUCUUUAACAUCCAAAUGGAGCCCAAGGUGGUGACAGACACGGAUGAGACUGAGCUCGCGAGGCAGCUGGAGAGGUUAGAGCGCGAGAAUGCCGAAGUGGACGGAGACGACGACGCCGAGGAGGGGAUGGAGGCCAAAACGGAAGACUAGUCGUUCCUCGGGGGAAAGGCUGACGGGAUCAAAGGAUGAAAUGUGGACAAACCUGGCCACUCAGUUUCACAUUGCAAACAUUAACUGGCGUUUUACUAGUUGAUUGGCAAAUCUCUCGGUUCGUUCAUUAGCAAGUUUAGUCCCAGAAGAAGUCAGUACAAGUUGUCUUCUCAAGCAAACAUGGACACAACUAUGAUCAGAAACAUCAGUAUAGUUUCUAUUUUUAAGUACACCGAUUUGAAUAACUAACUCCAACAAGAAAAGCUGCUUUAACCAGUGGCCUUCACUUGCGUCUUGCUCCAGAGCCUUGUGACUUCGGCAUCCACAGCGCUUCAUCCUUGGCUGCUCACUGGAUGUGACCGUCAGAGGGAGAAAUGCAAAGGUCUGUCUCUGUACAGCAGUGAUUUGUGUGCUGAUGCUCUUAGUUACACCAGCAAGACCUGCUCUUGUUCACAUCACAUCAAUAAAGUUCUGGAAGUUUCA